GGACUGUCCCUUACAGCAGCUAGUGGUCGGAACCUUCCUCCCUCUCCUUCCCUUCCCUUUCCCCUCCCAGGGAAGGCUGGGACACGGCACCGGGGCUGUCCCGUGGCCGCUGCGGCCUCAGCUCCAGCCGGGCUGGGGUACGGAGAGUCAGACCGCUUCCAGGGCGAGUACUCCUGAUUGUGACAUCACAUCCAUCCCCUUGGUGAUGGAGCUUAUCACUGGGAAAGAAGACUCAGUUGGAGAAUAGCCAACAAGAUGGGCUACUGGGAGCGUCUCCUGAGUGGCAUUGAGUGGAGGCGUCAGGGGGUUGGAGCCUUGUGAACAGGGAACCUGCCCCCCAACACUUGGAAGGGCCUGGGUUUCAGUGAUGAGACAUGGGGUAUGAUGUAACCCGCUUCCAGGGGGAUGUUGAUGAAGAUCUGAUCUGUCCUAUUUGCAGUGGAGUCUUGGAGGAGCCAGUCCAGGCACCUCAUUGCGAGCAUGCUUUCUGCAAUGCCUGCAUCACCCAGUGGUUCUCUCAGCAGCAGACCUGUCCGGUGGACCGCAGCGUAGUGACGGUUGCCCACCUGCGCCCAGUACCUCGGAUCAUGCGGAACAUGUUGUCAAAGCUGCAGAUUGCCUGCGACAACGCUGUAUUUGGCUGUAGUGCUGUUGUUCGGCUUGACAACCUCAUGUCUCACCUCAGCGACUGUGAGCACAACCCAAAACGGCCUGUGACCUGUGAACAGGGCUGCGGCCUGGAGAUGCCCAAAGAUGAGCUGCCAAACCACAAUUGCAUUAAGCACCUGCGCUCAGUGGUACAGCAGCAGCAGACACGCAUCGCAGAGCUGGAGAAGACCUCAGCUGAACACAAACACCAGCUGGCGGAGCAGAAGCGAGACAUCCAGCUGCUGAAGGCAUACAUGCGUGCAAUCCGCAGUGUCAACCCCAACCUUCAGAACCUGGAGGAGACAAUUGAAUACAAUGAGAUCCUAGAGUGGGUGAACUCCCUGCAGCCAGCAAGAGUGACCCGCUGGGGAGGGAUGAUCUCGACCCCAGAUGCUGUACUCCAGGCUGUAAUCAAGCGCUCCCUGGUGGAGAGUGGCUGUCCUGCCUCUAUUGUCAACGAGCUGAUAGAAAAUGCCCAUGAGCGAAGCUGGCCCCAGGGCCUGGCCACACUAGAGACAAGACAGAUGAACCGGCGGUACUAUGAGAACUAUGUGGCCAAACGGAUCCCUGGCAAGCAGGCUGUUGUUGUGAUGGCCUGUGAGAACCAGCAUAUGGGUGAUGACAUGGUGCAGGAGCCGGGGCUUGUCAUGAUAUUUGCGCAUGGCGUGGAAGAGAUAUAGAUCUCGGCGGGCUGUCAGGAAGAGAUGGAAAUCAGAAAAAUCUCAUCACUCCAGUAGCUGAGCCCUGAGUCCUCCCCACUGUCCUUAAUACUGUGGCUUAUCCUUGAGCCACACAUCUCCCUGCUCUUCUGGCACUGAAGGGCCCUGGAACACUUUGCUCAGCCUUUCAGGUGGGAAACCCAGAUUCCCUUCUUUUGCCUAAUUUCUUCCCCUAAGAUAUCUGUAAAUUUUCAGUCUGGUUGGGAAAGUCCCCACCUCUAUAUCUGUUUUCCUGCCUAGGUCCCUAGUUCCAGAUAUUUUCAGAAAGCACAAAGAUACUCAUUUUCUCUAGAAGGAUCGGGGCAGAGUGAGAAAUCUUGAACCAUCCCCUUCAAACCAGGGACUCUGAGCAGGCAGGCCUGAUGACUCUUAAACACUUAGAGGGCAGCUCUGGAAGCAGACAUCCUGAAGAAAUGGUAAGGGUGGAACAAAAAUCCUAGAAACAAUGAGCCAGUAAUUGGCCAUCAUUGAUGGCCCUUGGGGAAGACUGGACCUCUGUGCCAAGCAAUACCUUGUUUAGUCCACCUUAAAGGUGCAGGCUCCCACUGCUCUGCAGGUGCGCAGGUUGGGAUACUGAAAAUUUCCAAAUGAGCUCUUCUUUCCUACACUUCCUCUUAAUUAAGGGAUGACAGGAAGCAGGUAAGGGGUUAGUCUGUUGGGGUGAAAAUGCUCAGCAGGAAGCAGCUCUCUGGCAUUUGCUGAAAUCAGGUAGGCAACUGCCUCUUGUGGCACAGGCCAUAAUAGUUCCCUAGCCCCCUCUCCAGCCCUGUGAUUGUAACUAGUUAUUUUGAUAAUUUCCUUUGGUUAUUGUUUAUAUUUCACUCCCUCCCACUUUUUUUUUUUUAGAAUGGCCUGGUUAUGGCUACCCCAUUUUUCCAGCCCAGCCACAUUGUUGGCAAUUUAAUUUAUUUACUUUUUUUUUUUUUUAAAGAAAGGAAAAAGAAAAAAUUAACAAAACUUAAAACUUUUCUUUUAUUGUUCCUAUGGUGGGGAUUCCGGAUAGGGUGGGACAGGGGUGGGAUCUGUUUUAUAUUUUUCCUUUUCAGCACAACCUUUGGCUUUUAUAUGGAAGGGCCAAGGGAGUCCUUGGCUGAACUUAUGUCUGUCCCAGCCCUCCAUAACCCCCUCUGAGAUGAGGACCUUCCUUUUUUCCAGUGAUGGAUGUGACAGUCCAACAUUGAUGCCUGAGCCCUCUGGAGAAUAUGCUCCCAGCCCUUCCAGGGUCUCAUCAAAACUCUGGGUUUAGAGUAUUCAUUUUGAAGGACCCCCCUAUAUACACACUUCCUUGGAGAUACAUAGCUGGGUUCUAAGCUUCACCAGGCAAAGUGGAACAGAAACCGUGUCUUUGUCUCUGAGUAUAGGCUGUACUCUCUCUCACCCUUGCCACUUAAGGACUGUAGCUCCAUUUCAGGCUACCCAGGGCAUUCAUUGACCCCUAGGAUGACUGGCAGAAUAAGAGAAGGGGAGGGAGAGAGGGUGUGAUUACGUUAAUAUGCAGGUGGGAGUGGGGUCGAAGAGACUGCCAUAUAACAGCUGUUUCUCUUUUCGGAGUUUUAUUCCAGGCCAGCUUGCUGUAGGUCUGGGUAGUUGGGUCAUGGCUGCACUGGGAUUGGGGAUUGGAGUGGAGGGAUACAGCUUGAAGGGAGUAGGGAACAGUCAUAUGUUCCAGUUUUAGGACACUGUGCUCAGGAAUUUGAAAACGCUGCUAUACUUAAUCUGGUUACUACAUUUCUUCCACUCCCCGAUGCCCCCGCCAGCCUUACCAAGGCCCAUACCCUCCUGUCGUCACCCUCAGAUGGAGCAGGAAGCUCAGUUCAGGCUUCCCCACCCUUUGCACUAGUGUCUCUGCAGGUUGCUGGUUGUGUUAUAUGUACUGUUCCAUGGUGUUGACUGCACUAAUAAUAAACCUUUCACUGAACUCUCUAAA